AUGUCUUCCUCCUCCUCUAUGCCGUUGUCUGCUUUGGAACCUCCGCUGAAGAAACAAGGGCCAAGAAACUGGGCGGAGCUUCCCUCGGAGUUGACGUGUGAUAUUCUGGGCCGACUUGGUGCAGUUGAGAUACUUGAAAGCGCUCAGAAGGUGUGCACACAUUGGCGACGCGUCUGUAAAGACCCUUGGAUGUGGAAGAAGAUUGACUUGCGAGACCUGGGGAACCGCGAGAAGGGAGACUUGGAUUUCGAUAUCUUGUGCCGUCACGCUGUUGAUCUCAGCCAGGGCGGCUUGCUGGAGAUCCACCUUGAGAGCUUCGCCACCGAUUCUCUCCUCACCUACAUCGCCGAUAGAUCAAGGGAUCUGAGAAGUCUUGGACUUGGGAUAUACUUUUCAUAUACGACAAACAGAGGACUUGUGAGCGCACUCGCAAAACUUCCAUUGCUUGAAACCCUCGAGAUCUCACACACAUGUUUAAGCCUGAAUCUAAAAGCUAUAGGCAAGGCUUGCCCACAGCUAAAGACAUUUACGCUAAACUCCUCGGGGUCAGGGUAUGAUGGGUUUGAAGAGUUUGGUUACAGUCCCCCUCUCGUCAAUGGUGAUGAUGAUUAUGCCGAUGAUGAUGAUUAUGCCUUAGCAAUCGCUGAAAGCAUGCCCAAACUACGUCACCUCAAGCUUCUUGGGGACAGACUGACUGACGAUGGCUUGAAGGCCAUUCUUAAUGGUUGUCUGCAGUUGGAACACCUUGAUUUACGCAAGGGUUUCAACAUUAACUUCGAAGAAGAUCUUCUCAAGAAAUGUUUGGAGAGGAUCAAAGAGUUUAGACACCCAAACGCCUCACCAGAUGAUUAUCCAUACGAACUAACGUUUGUUGUUUCUGAUUUUGACUCAUCAUCUGAUGAUGGCUCAGAUGAUGAUUACUACUAUCUAGAGAUAUAGUAUGACUUAGCAGAUACCUAAGACUACUAUCGGGACUAGGUAUUGAAUCUCUCUAAACAGUAUUUGCUUUUGUUGGUCUUGUCAACUUAUGAACUCGUUCAUGUCUCCUCUUUUCUCCAUUUUGGUACUUGGUACUGUAGUUUCAAAUUUUCUUAUUUCCUUUAAACUCUUAAGCUUUGAGUUCGUGAUUGUAAGUUGCAAAAACU